AUGCGGCUCAUGCGGCUCAACAGGGAGAAGGAGGCGGUGAGCGCCACCGUGGCGGGAACAGACGACAAGAAGAAAGAAGCACCUACGCGCCUCCUCUAUGGCUAUCAAAGUUUCUUAGUUUACCGCGUCAUAGCCGUUGCCAUCAUAUUCGUCUUCAAUGUCGCGUGGUUGAUUUGGGCAAAGGUCCAGUAUGGAAUCGUCAGAAACAUCGGCACCAUCCAGCGCGGGGAUUGCGACGCGAUCGAGAACCUAAACACCAGACUUCACGUCGUCAUUAACGUCCUCACAACCAUCGUUCUCGCGGCGAGCACGACCUUCAUGAUCCUCGCCUACAGUCCUUCGAGGCUGGAGAUCGAUGCCGCCCACGCCCAUCACAAAUGGCUCAGUACGGGAUCAAUCGGCUUCCGAAACCUCAAGUACAUCUCAAGAGAAAAGGUGCUAAUAUAUGUCAUUUUGGUGCUAUCAUCUGUGCCGCUCCACUUAUUCGCCAACUCGGCAAUAUUCACGACAAUGUCUGCGAACGGAUAUCGCUGGGCCGUCGUCAGUGAGCAGUUCGUCUUGGACCAGCAGGGAAGGCAACCAAUCGUUUCUACAACAGUAAUGCCCGCAGAAGAGCUUAAGAGCUUUCGAGACGUUCAAAGUUCUGUCAGUGGCUACGCAAGACUGAGUAACCAAAGGUGCGUCGAGACAUACUCCAACGUCUAUCAAAACGAAUAUCGGACCGUUCUUGUUGUCACUCCUAAUAUCCGCAAUGAUGAGAGCUUUCGAAAUGUCAGCCAAAUCUUCAGUCACGGGCUCUCUUAUGCAGCAGACAACGCCAACAGCUGGAUAUGUGGACAGCAGGAACAGCAGGCCGCCAAUACCACCUCCCAGCAACGAUGCGAUAUUACCCCAACGAAUGCACUGUCGGUACUCGACAUUGCAAACUUCAGCGACUGGAAAAUAUUCGAAAGGACGGUGCUUUUCUGCCUCAGUGAACCGCAGGAAACACCCUGUUCGAUAAAGUACUCGGGUGUCAUAGUGGGAUUGCUGAUCAUAUUUACAUUCACCACGCUAGCAAGCAUGGCUACAAUCCUUAUCUUGGCAUGGAAGAGCACAAAUAAGUCUUUGGUCUGCCCCGGUGACGCAGCGGAGUCAUUCCUGCGCGACGAGGAUCCGACAACAAUGGGCAUGUGCCUUGCCAGUUGGAUGAAUGUCAGGAAACUCUGGAAGAGUCCCUCGUCCGGGAAAAUGUUCAAAGCUCCUCAGUACCGCGUUUGGAAAGGCACUGGCCCGUAUAAGUGGCUAUGCUUGACACUCAUUGCGCUCCUUAUUGUCCUCUUUGGCCUAGCAUUUAUUGCGGCGACCCUGAUUACAGCUCGGAAUUCGGGUAGAGAAGUCAAAUUCUUCAGCAACUUCGGAAAAUUGAACCACAAUCUUAGACCCAUCAGCAGAGGCUCCACCCAGGGGGAGCUUCUUGCCGUAGCAGCUACUUCAAACGUACCCCAGCUUGUCCUCGCAUGCUUCUGGCUCAUCUACCAAGGUCUAGUUUCUUGUUCUGCAUACGCAAGAGAUACGGCCCGGUUUACUGACGACGGCCAACGGCUCAUGGUCUCGAAACCCGACGGCGAACAGAGGGAGCUGUGGUUUCCAUCUUUGCAGCUCGGAUAG